AUGGAAUCUACGCGUUUCAACAAGAAGAAGAUUUUUAUUGGGGGUCUCCCUCAUCAAAUUGAAGAAGCUGAAUUGAAGACAUAUUUUAGUGAUUUCGGAACUGUGGUAACUAUAGAAAUUCUUCGUGAAAAGAUAACUGACAAAGGUAGAGGCUUCGGGUUUGUGACUUUUGAUUCUGAAGAAGCUGUAGAAAAAGUGUUGGAAAAUAAGUUUUAUAAUCUGAAAGAAAAACAAAUAGAGGUAAAGAUGGCUGAAGUGAAGACAAAUAGAAAGAAUAGAAACAUUCCUACCACGGCAAACAACUUGAACCAAUCUCUUCCCAAUUUGGCUUCUCAAAUUUAUUAUCCCAAUCCCAACCCAUUUGAGGUUCAUCCCAAUUAUUGGAUGCCUUAUUAUAAUUCUAUGAUUCCUACUCCAUAUCCAUAUCAAUAUGGAAAGAAUAUAGGAGUUAAUUUUAUGAUUCCUAACCAAUAUCCGUAUGUACAUGGGCAUGGGCAGAAUUCUAUGAAUAUGGGAAUUUACAAUCCCAAUUAA